CUCACUCCAUCCGGACACACGCUGCAUAUGUGCCGCGACGCAGGACAUUUCGCCUUUUGUGCAGUGCUGAGAGACGACCAUAUGUCUCAGACGGUGUUUGAAUUUACUCCUUCUCCAUUGGCACCGCCUUUAUUGCCGCUGAACGAUGAGGAGAGUGACUGAGCGAGUGUAACUUCUGCAAACACUGUUCAGCGCGCUUAAUUAUUUACCGUAUAAAUACUUGCGCGUCUCACUCGAGGGUGUCUUGGCUUCAGCACUGGCUGCUUGGACAGCUCUUUUGACACUGAGGAACUUCCGACUAUUAAAUCUUAAACCAGCUCAACUUCUGCAGUGAUGGAGUGCUCGGCGCUGAGCAGGGAAGGUGCUGGUCUGGCAAAACCGCCGAAGCAUCUUUGGAGGCAGCCGCGAACCCACAUCCGAAUCAAGCAGCGGUACCACUCCGACACCGAACGGUACCUGUGCUGUAACAAAGCGACAGAGAAGAACCGUCCAGGUCUGAAAAAGCCACGAAUGUCCUGGCCGUCUUCUUUUCAUAAACGUUUCGAUGUGGAAAAUGGGUUGUCGAUGGGUCGCAGUUCACUGGACCCCAGUCCGAGCUCCGGGCUGGUCCUGCAGGCAAACAGCCAGAGGCGAGAGUCUUUCCUGUACCGCUCAGACUCGGAUUUUGACCUCUCGCCCAAGACGAUGUCCAGAAACUCCUCGACCGCCAGCGAGCUUCAUGGAGAGGACAUGAUUGUAACGCCGUUUGCUCAGGUUCUUGCCAGUCUACGUACAGUGAGAGGAAAUGUUGCAGCUUUAACCCACAUGCAAGACAGAAGCAACAAGAGACCAUCAGGCACUAACCCUCAAUCUGCCUGUAAAACAAACCUGUCCGAUGAAGCAUAUCAAAAACUGACCGUCGAGACUCUUGAAGAGCUGGACUGGUGUUUGGACCAGCUGGAGACGCUGCAAACACGUCACUCCGUCAGUGAAAUGGCCUCCAAUAAGUUUAAAAGAAUGCUCAACAGGGAACUUACUCAGCUGUCGGAGACCAGCCGCUCAGGAAACCAGGUGUCUGAGUUCAUAGCAAGCACAAUAUUACAAAAACAGUACGAUGUGGAGCUUCUGUCGGCAGCAUGUAAGGAGGAGAAGAAGCGUCGGCCGAUGUCUCAGAUUAGCGGAGUGAGAAAACUAAGCCCCAGUCCGAGUCUCCCCCCAACAUGCAUCCCACGGUUUGGUGUCAACACGCAGCACGAGAGCCUCCUGGCCAAGGAGCUUGAGGACUUGGAUCGAUGGGGUAUAGAUAUUUUUAAGAUAGCAGAAUAUUCUGGGAAUCGGCCACUCACAGUGAUGAUGUACACCAUUUUUCAGGAGCGAGAUUUACUCAAAACCUUUAAAAUCCCAUCGGACACCUUCUUAACAUUCCUGAUGACCCUGGAAGAUCACUACCAUGCGGACGUGGCCUAUCAUAACAACAUCCACGCAGCAGAUGUUGUUCAGUCCACACACGUUCUUCUCUCCACACCUGCCCUAGAGGAUGUGUUCACAGACCUGGAGAUCAUGGCCGCUCUGUUUGCUAGCGCUAUACAUGAUGUCGAUCAUCCAGGAGUGACCAACCAGUUCCUCAUUAACACAAACUCUGAACUGGCUCUCAUGUAUAAUGAUGCUUCAGUAUUGGAGAAUCAUCAUUUGGCGGUGGGCUUCAAGCUUCUGCAGGAGGAGAAUUGUGAUAUCUUCUGCAAUCUGAGCAAGAAACAGCGGCAGUCCCUGCGACAAAUGACUAUAGAUAUGGUUUUAGCGACUGACAUGUCCAAACACAUGAAUUUCCUGGCAGACCUGAAGACAAUGGUGGAAACUAAAAAAGUGACCAGUCAAGGAGUCUUACUACUGGACAACUACUCAGACCGAAUACAGGUUCUACAGAACAUGGUGCACUGCGCUGACCUCAGCAACCCCACAAAACCCCUGGAGCUCUACAGAAAGUGGACAGAUCGCAUCAUGGUGGAGUUCUUUAGUCAGGGGGACCGCGAGCGGGACAAGGGCAUAGACGUCAGUCCUAUGUGUGACAAACACACAGCUUCAAUGGAAAACACUCAGGUGGGAUUCAUUGAUUACAUUAUCCACCCUUUAUGGGAAACAUGGGCUGAUCUGGUCCAUCCAGAUGCUCAGGACAUUCUAGAUACAUUAGAGGACAAUCGAGAAUGGUAUCAGAGUAUGAUCCCACGCAGCCCCUCGCCAACCCCUGAAGAGCAGGACUCACGGCCCACAGGGGUCACAGGCUCAGCUGGAGAAAAGUUCCAGUUCGAGCUUACUCUGGAGGAAGAGGAUGGAGAGUUAGAGACUGAAGAAGAGCACACAGAUAUAGAAAGAUCGAGGACUAUGACUGAUCCUGAGCAUCCACAAACGUCCCCUCUUGGAAUCACUACCAUUUUAGACAGCAGCGAAAGAGAACUGGAUCAGGAACUGACCAGUGUGUCCGCCCUGCAGUUGGAAACCAGUAGUAGCAGCACUCAUGAAUAAUCUGCAGUCAGGUAGAAUAAUGGUAUAAUAAAGUGCGAAUCAUAGGACCCAAGGUU